UAAGAAAUUGCAUAAAAUAUGAAUUAAAGUUCAACAAUAACUAAAUAAAUAAUAACAUAUAAAUAAUUUUUAAUAUAUAUACAAAUGACUGAGGAAAUAGAAUUAAACGCAAUAAACAAUGAUAAUUUUGUGGAAAGAACAUCCAAGGCGGAGAGACUCAUACAGGAAUUGAAUGCAGUAAAUGCAAAAAAAAUAGCUUUUUUACUAGUUUGCGGUUUUUUAAUUUAUCAUGGAAUUCUGAACUGGCAAUAUGGCAGUGAUUCCUGUCAAUGGCUUUUGUCUAAAGGGCGUUUUAAAGGCGACAAUGAAUGGCAACCUUACGGUUGCAUGAUGCAUAAGUACUCUCAAACAGAUACGCGUCGUUGCUUCCGUUACUUAGAUUUCUGGGGAAAGCAAAAUGAUUUUAUCUUUAUUGGUGACCGUAGUAUACGUAGACUUUAUCAGAAUUUCAUAACACAUUUAAAUCCAAAUGAUGAUGAUAACAAUUCAUUACUGUUAGAAUCUGAACCACCUCAUGAUCUCGAAUUUGAAGAGCGUAAAUUGAAUAUGCGUUCUCUAUAUAUUUUUGCGGACCAAGUAUCCGACUCGCUGUUAGAUAAGCUAACUCGAUUUGAGGAUACGAAAAACUUGCAUGGCGUUUUUGUUAUUGGACUAACUCAUCGUAACUUUCACGGCGGAAACGUAACAGAAUCAUUAUUAAAAUCUUAUAAUUUGAAUUUGACUCGACUUAUUGUGCCAUUGGAUCGCUUAGUUGCACAAAAGUCUAAAGUACUUUGGAAAAUGCAAGAUCAUGUAAAUGAAGAUAAGCUUCCAGAAGCUUGGAAAUUGGUGCAGAAUAAAGAUAUCGAUCGUAUAAAUCGUGAAGCGCGUAAGGUAUUUCGUUUCUCUGAUGCUGCUGUAUGGGAUUCUGCAACUCACAUAUCCGAUGGACUUGUAGAUAACGCUAUAGAUGGUUAUAAAUUGAGCGAUUUGGGAUUACGGCAUGAAGUGCAACUCAUACUGAAUAUGUAUUGCAAUGAUUAUAUGAAUUACAAUGAUGGCACAUGUUGCAGCAGCGCAGAGCCUUAUACAAAUCUGCAAAUUGUAACCUAUGCAGUAUUUGGAGUUUGUAUUGCCCUGGCCUGUGCUAUAUGUUUUCGUCGAUGGGUGCUGCAUCUGCAAGGUAAAACAUUUUACACGCCACUUUACCAGCAUAGUAACCGAUUCUAUGCAAAUUCUAAUGUGGAUGGCAAUCAAAACAGCGGUAUAUUGGCGAUGGACUAUUCAACUCCGAUACUAGCGUUAGCAUUACUUGGUAUUAUUAUGGCAUAUUUUUAUCUCUGUGAUCGUACGAAUUUUUUUAUGAAAGAAAACAAAUACUAUUCUGAAUUCAGUUUUUGGAUACCUGUAGGUUAUGUUUUCGCUUUGGGUAUAUUCUUUAUGGAAGAUUCCCGAUUUACUAAAGUGCUUAACCGUGAUCAGACGGAUGAGUUAAAGGGUUGGAUAUUACUGGUAGUUUUAAUUUACUAUAUGACAGGUGCGCAUCGUGUCCUACCCAUACAUAUGCAUAUAAAACUUCUUAUAAGUGGUUACCUUUUUCUAACUGGAUACACUCACUUCUCCUACAUGUGGCAAACUGGCAAUUCAGGCUUUGUGCGCUUUUUUCAAGUUAUGUUCCGAUUGAACUUCAUGACUGUUAUUUUGUGCUUCUGCAUGAAUCGACCAUACCAAUUUUAUUACUUCGUACCAUUGUUAUCAUUUUGGUUAUGUAUAAUAUAUUUCUUAUUGUCCUUACCACCACGUAUAACAUCACAAUCUGUCGAUUUAAAUGCUCUACAUUAUUUGUAUUUAGUUGGAAAAUUUGUAGGUUGUAUUAGUGUUAUCACUGUACUUUUUAUGUCGGAAGUUUUCUUUGAACGAAUUUUUGUUACACGUCCUUGGAAAGCACUAUUCGUCACUACAGAUGAUGAUAUACAUGAAUGGUGGUAUCAGUGGAAAUUGGAUAGAUACACUGUGACAUUUGGUAUGAUAUUUGCAGCGAUUUUCCAUAUUGCACAAAAGUAUAGUUUCUUUGAUGACAAUAAUCACGGCAAUCUGUUCGCGAGGCGCACUUCAAUUACAGUAACAUUGUUAGCAUUAUUAGGUGUUGGCUUCUAUACUGCCUUCUCAUUUUUUUGCCGUAAUGAAAACAAUUGCGAGGAGAUACAUUCUUAUAUAUUAUUUAUACCAAUUAUUGGAUAUAUUAUUUUAAGAAAUAUCUCAGGUAUUUUACGUACACGAUAUUCCACAUUUUUCGCUUGGUUUGGACGUAUCUCAUUGGAACUUUUUAUAUGUCAGUAUCAUAUAUGGUUAGCUGCAGAUCGAAAUGGUGUGCUUGUAUUACUGCCAGGAUUUCCUACGCUUAAUAUGAUUAUCACUUCCUUUAUAUUUGUAUGUGCCUCACAUGAAGUAAAUCGCAUAACACAAAUACUAUCUCCAAUAGCUGUGCCAAACGAUUGGAAAUUAGUUCUACGCAACUUCGUUAUAUUUUUAAUAAUAUUAGUACCUAUAGCGCGAUCUGAUGGCAUGUUUUAGAAACUUGCUAUGAUAUAAAAACAUACAUAUAUUAUAAAAGUGAUUCAUUUUUAAAAUUAGAUACAUAGUCUAACAUACACGUUGUAUGAAGUCAAAUUAUUCGUAAUUAUUAAUUAUUAGCGAAUAAAAUUAAUUAAGUAAUUUAAGGUUGAUUUAUUUGUUUCAUAUAAUUUCUAAAUAUUAUAUAUUCUUGUACUUAGCUUAAAAAAUGACAAGCUGCACAAUAUGCACGAACUUUAUAAACUAUUUA